AUGUCUGCAGAUCACACAAGAGAUCCCUGUCCUAUAGUGAUACUUAAUGAUUUUGGAGGUGCUUUUGCCAUGGGGGUCAUUGGUGGAUGCGUGUGGCACGGUAUAAAGGGGUUUAGGAACUCCCCCCAUGGAGAGAGAGGAUAUGGUGCACUUUCAGCUAUAAAGGCAAGAGCGCCAGUAGUUGGAGGUAAUUUUGGUGUUUGGGGUGGAUUGUUUUCCACUUUUGAUUGCACGGUGAAAGCUGUUCGUAAAAGGGAAGAUGCCUGGAAUGCGGUUAUUGCAGGGUUUUUCACAGGUGGUGCUUUGGCAAUAAGAGGAGGUUGGAAACAUACUAGAAACUCAGCUAUAACUUGUGCUUGUCUUUUGGGUGUGUUUGAAGGUGUUGGUAUGAUGAUGCAAAGACUUCAAGCACAACCAGCUAUGGCACCGGUGUAUCCAGAAGAAGCACCGGUUAAACUUGCUGCUUAG